UCCUGACGUCCAGUGGGUAUUGAUCAAUGGUGGCAACCAUGGAACUAUGAUAUACAAAUCAUAAACACGAGUAGUUUCUAACAGCGGUAUGGAUGCUGACCUAUAUGAUGAGUUUGGCAAUUACAUUGGGCCAGAGUUGGAGUCAGAUGAGGAAGAAGAAGAAGGAUAUGGAGAUCGAGAACCCGAGGCUCAGGAAUAUGAUGAAGAAGGGGCAGAAGAUCAGGGGGAGGAGAUGGAUGCAACACCCAUGGCUGUGGUGUUACAUGAGGACAAGCGGUACUAUCCAGCAGCACUAGAGGUGUUUGGGCCAGAGGUAGAAACAAUCGUCCAAGAAGAGGACAAUCAGCCACUGGACAAGCCCCUGGUUGCACCCAUUAAGAAGAAGAAGUUCCAGCUGAAGGAGCAGGACCUUCCAGAAACUGUUUAUAACAUGGAGUUCCUCGCUGAUAUGAUGGAUAAUCCCAACCUUAUCCGCAAUGUGGCACUCAUAGGCCACCUGCAUCAUGGGAAGACUACAUUUGUUGACUGCUUGAUUCGCCAAACUCAUCCUGGGUUUCGGUCUACAGAGGAACGCAAUUUGCGCUACACGGACACCCUUUUCACUGAGCAGGAGCGUGGUGUUGGCAUUAAGGCCAUUCCUGUUACUUUGGUGUUACCGGAUGUGAAGAACAAGUCAUAUCUCAUCAAUGUGUUUGAUACUCCAGGUCAUGUCAACUUCUCAGAUGAAGUGACAGCUGCAGAACGGAUUUGUGAUGGAGUGGUACUGUUUGUGGAUGCAGCAGAAGGUGUAAUGCUGAACACAGAACGCCUUUUGAAGCAUGCUGUACAGGAGAAGCUGGCCAUCACAGUUUGUAUCAACAAAAUAGAUCGACUAAUGCUGGAGCUGAAACUGCCACCUCAGGAUGCUUACUACAAGCUGCGCCAUAUUGUGGAAGAAAUCAAUGGCUUGCUAAGCUUAUACUCUGAUGAUGAAAAUCCGAAGAUUGUUUCCCCAAUCCUGGGCAAUGUGUGCUUUGCAAGCUCGCAGUAUGCAGUAUGCUUCACCCUCAAGUCCUUUGCCAAUAUUUAUGCCCAGACCUAUGAUGGAAUCAACAUCAAUGAAUUUGCUCGCCGGCUGUGGGGAGAUAUUUACUUUAACAGCAAAACACGCAAAUUCACAAAAAAAUCACCACAUGGUUCUGCUCAGAGAAGUUUUGUAGAGUUCAUUCUGGAACCUCUGUACAAAAUAUUUGCACAGGUGGUUGGAGAUGUGGAUACAACUCUUCCUGCAGUGCUGGAUGAGUUGGGAAUCAAAUUAACAAAGGAGGAGAUGAAAAUUAACAUCCGUCCCCUCUUAAGGCUCAUUUGUAACAAGUUUCUUGGAGACUUCAGUGGUUUUGUGGACAUGUGCGUACAACACAUUCCAUCUCCUGUUGACAAUGCAAGACCCAAGGUGCAGCACAUCUAUACUGGACCUCUUGACACAGUCUUGGCUGAAGCUAUGUGUAACUGUGAUCCUGAUGGUCAUCUAAUGGUUUAUAGCACUAAAAUGUACCCAACAGAAGACUGCACAUUCUUUCAAGUUUUGGCACGAGUCAUGAGCGGCACCUUGCAUGCGGGACAGGAAGUAAAGGUGCUAGGUGAAAACUACACCCUUGCUGAUGAAGAGGACUCGAGGAUUCUCACUGUGGGCAGGCUGUGGAUUUAUGAAGCUAGGUACAAGGUGGAGGUGAGCCGUGUGCCAGCUGGGAAUUGGGUGCUUAUUGAAGGCAUUGAUCAACCAAUUGUGAAGACAUCCACUAUCACUGACCUUACAAUUUCAGAUGACUUGUAUAUAUUUCAGCCUCUCAAGUUCAACACACAGUCCGUCAUCAAAAUUGCAGUGGAGCCAGUAAACCCAUCGGAAUUGCCAAAGAUGUUAGAUGGGCUGCGUAAAGUGAACAAGUCAUACCCGCUGCUGGCCACUAGGGUUGAAGAAUCUGGUGAACACGUUGUUCUAGGGACAGGAGAGCUGUACUUAGACUGUGUGAUGCAUGACCUGCGAAAGAUGUACUCCGAGAUUGAUAUCAAGGUUGCAGACCCAGUGGUAGCAUUCUGUGAGACUGUGGUAGAAACAUCAUCACUCAAGUGUUUUGCUGAGACACCCAACAAGAAAAACAAGAUCACAAUGAUUGCUGAACCACUUGAGAAAGGACUUGCUGAAGAUAUAGAAAAUGAAGUUGUUCAGAUAUCAUGGAACAAGAAACGUUUAGGGGAGUUCUUCCAAACAAAAUAUGAUUGGGAUUUGCUUGCCGCUCGUUCAAUUUGGGCUUUUGGCCCUGAUUCAACAGGCCCAAACAUCUUGGUAGAUGACACAUUACCUUCAGAGGUAGACAAAGGAUUACUGAGUUCUGUCAAAGACUCAAUUGUCCAGGGUUUCCAGUGGGGCACUCGGGAAGGACCGUUGUGUGAAGAACCAAUCAGAAAUGUCAAGUUCAAGAUUCUUGAUGCUGUAAUAGCACUGGAGCCUUUGCAUCGUGGUGGAGGUCAGAUCAUCCCCACUGCACGGCGUGUUGCCUACUCUGCAUUCCUUAUGGCCACACCGCGUCUGAUGGAACCAUAUCUAUUUGUGGAAGUGCAAGCACCAGCUGAUUGUGUGUCAGCUGUUUAUACUGUGCUUGCCAAACGAAGAGGGCAUGUGACACAAGAUGCACCAGUUCCUGGAUCACCCCUCUACACCAUCAAAGCCUUCAUCCCAGCAAUUGAUUCGUUUGGCUUCGAGACAGACCUGAGAACCCAUACACAGGGACAGGCAUUCUGUUUAUCUGUGUUUCAUCACUGGCAGAUUGUUCCUGGUGAUCCUCUGGAUAAAAGCAUUGUUAUACGUCCCCUUGAACCACAGCCUGCAACUCAUCUUGCUCGUGAGUUCAUGAUCAAGACUCGUCGCCGCAAAGGUCUGAGUGAAGAUGUGUCUAUCAACAAGUUCUUCGAUGAUCCUAUGUUGCUGGAACUUGCCAGACAAGAUGUGAUGCUAAAUUAUCCUCUGUAAUCAUCAUCAUCAUUGCUUUUAAAUGGUGUUUAUCCAUCCCAGUAUUUGUAAAACUGAAAUCUUUUGUAUGUCAUAUUGAAACAGUCUUCUCCAUUAUAACAAGUGGGCAUUUGUCCAUUUCUUUAUUAUAUUCAUCAUUGUCAUUA